GCUGCGGGGAGGCCCGCGGAGGACGCGGGAUGUCACAGCCCGCCAUGGAGUCUCUGUCAUUUGAGGACAUAGCUGUGUACUUCACCUGGCAGGAGUGGCAGGACCUGGAUAUUGCUCAGAAGCUGCUGUACAGGGAUGUGAUGCUGGAGAACUACAGCAGCCUGGUGUCCCUGGGCUGCUGCAUGAUCAAGCCUGAGUUGAUCCUCAUGUUGGAACGUGAAUUUUUGCCAUGGAGGGUAGCAGAUACCUCAGUCUGGAACCUUCCAGAGUAUUGCAUGACCAGACCAGAGUUGAACAUCAAGUUGCAGCAUGGAUUUGAGCCAUGGAGUGCCUCACAAGCCUCACUCUGGAGCCUUCCAGAUGUCCAUAAUGUAAGUGGCCUGGGAAAUCAAGAGACACACUUAUGGCAAGUGGAAGUCACCAAUGGCAUUACAUCAUAUGAACAGAUGGUUGAAGCAGAACUACAGAUUCAAGAGAAAAUGCAUCAAGGAGCAAAAUCGUAUGAAUAUAAAGAAUGUGUGGAAGGCACUUAUCAGAAUUCACAGCACACCGUGAAUCAGACAUCUUUGUCAUAUGAGAACCCCUUUGGAGGGGAGGAAUGUAGAAAAUCUUUCUAUUAUCAGUCCACCCUCACUCAACAUCAAAGAUUCUAUAUAGGGGAGAAACUCUAUGAGUCUCCACAGUGCUGGGAAAUUUUCCCCUGGAAGUCCCAGGUCAGUGUACAUGCAGGUGAGAGACGUUAUGAGUGUGAGGAAUGCAGAAAGUCUUUCCAUCGGAAGGCCAACCUUAUUCGACAUCAGAGAAGAACACAUAGCAGAGAGAAGCCCUACGAAUGUAUAGAAUGUGGGAAAACCUUCUACUGUAAAUCAGAUGUCACUCGACAUCAGAGAAGAACUCAUAGUAGAGAGAAACCCUAUGAAUGUGUAGAAUGUAGUAAAACCUUCUACUGUAAAUCAUACCUCAUUCGACAUCAGAGUAGAACUCAUAGCAGAGAGAAGCCCUAUGAAUGUACAGACUGUACUAAAACUUUCUACUGUAAGUCAGAUCUUACUCGACACCAAACAACUCAUAGUGGAGAAAAGCCUUUUGAAUGUAAUGAAUGCUCAAAAACAUUCUACUAUAAAUCAGACCUUGCUAAUCAUCAGAAAACUCAUACAGAUGAUAAUCCUUAUGAAUGUAAAGAAUGUAGGAAAACUUUCUGCUCCAAGUCAAGCCUCAAUCAACAUCAUAGGAUUCAUACUGGUGAGAAGCCCUAUGAAUGUAAUGUAUGUAAGAAAAGUUUCAAUUCUAAGUCAAACCUCACUGAGCAUCAGAGAAGAACUCAUACCAGAGAGAAGCCCUAUGAAUGUAGUGAAUGUUGGAAAUCCUUCUACUGUAGGUCAGAACUCAUUAAUCAUCAGAGGACUCAUACAGUGGAGAGAUAUUAUGAAUGUAAAGAGUGUAGGAAAAAUUUCUACUGUAAGUCAAACCUCAACCAACAUCAGAGAACUCACACAGGAGAAAAACCAUAUGAAUGUAAGGACUGCAACAAAGCUUUCUAUUGUAAGUCAAACCUCAAUCAACAUCAAAGAACUCAUACAGGUGAAAAGCCUUUUGCAUGUACAGACUGCAGUAAAGCUUUCUAUUGCAAGUCAAGCCUUGUUAAACAUCAAAAAAUUCAUUCAGGUGAGAAGCCAUAUGAAUGUGAAGAAUGUAGGAAAACUUUCUUCCAGAAGUCAGAUCUCACUCGGCAUCAGAGAACACAUACAGGUGAAAAACCCUAUGAAUGUAAAGACUGUAGCAAAGCUUUCUAUUGUAAGUCAAACCUCAACCAACACCGGAGAACCCAUACAAAUGAAAAACCUUAUGAGUGUAAAGAAUGUAGGGAAACAUUCUAUUCUAAGUCAGAGCUCACUGAACAUCAAAGAAGUCAUACAGAUGAGAAGCCCUAUGUGAUGUUUAAUAUUGAUUGUCAACUUGACAAGAUCUGGAAUCAUCUGGGAGACAGGCCUCUAGCCAUGCCUGUGAAAGAUUAUGUAGAUUAAAAGUUAGCCUUUGGGAAUGUCUGAUUGGUUAUCUUGAUUUGGUUAAUUGAAGUGGGAAGACCCACCAUAAAUAUGGUGGCAUCAUUCCCUGGUCUGGGGUUAUGUACUGCAUGAAAAGGGGUGGCACCAUUCUGUAGACAACAUGAGAAGGAGAAAGAUCAAGCAUGACCAUUUGUUCUUUGCUGCUUUGUUUGUGGAUGCCACUUGUCAAGCCGCCUUAAGCUCCUGCCACAGUGACUUCCCUGCCAUGAAGGCUUGUACCUUCAAAUUGUGAGCCACAGCAAAAAGGAACUAAUGCAGGAAAAUGGUUCUGAGAAGGGGGGUCAUUGUUCUGAUAAACUGGACUGUCUGGUUCUUAGGAGAUUGGCAAUGGUUUUCAUGAGGAAUGUAGAAGAUUUUGGAACUUUGGGCUAAUAAAACAUUUGAAUGCUAUGCUAUAGAGCUUAAUGGGCCAUUCUGGUGGAAGUUUAUAAGACCAGGAAGCAGAGGGAAGUACAGACUGGAGGCCUGGCUCACUCCCAAGGAUUUAGAGGGGAUUGACAAUGUCAGGAACUGGGCUAAAGACCAUUUGUGAGAUCCUUUGCUAAGAAUUUGGCUUCAUUCUUUCUGUAUUCUGAGAACUUGAGUAAAGGUGAACUUAAAAGAAAUGUGCUGAUUUGUUGGGUGAAGAAAAUUUCCAAGUAGGAGUGCAUUUAGGCAGUGACACAGCUCCUGGUAGCAGCACUUACAAACGUUUACAUUGAGCAGAAGAUAUAUACAAAAGGGAUUAAAACUUGCACCGGCUCAAGGAUUAAGAAAUCGAAAGCAAGGCAACACCUGUAGGCAAGACAUGUAUGGAAAAGGGGGCUCUAAUUGAUAAAAGAGAAACACCCUGCUCUGCCCCAGAACAACAGGAAGUAUGUUCUGAGUGCCCUGCUGCACCUAUCCAAGGCUUCAGCUUGAGAGAUUGCAGACUUAUUUGAAAGAAAAGAGCCUAGAUUGAAAAUACAGAUGAAGGGAUUUCCUGCUCUUUGAAGACAAUGCCCUAGGGAAGUCUUUCUGUAGGGCCAACACACUAGGUGACAGCUGUGAUCCAAGAGGGCACUUCACAAUUACAAUGAGCAACAGCUCUUAGAAGUUUUGUGUAUGUGAUACUAGUUUCAUAUGAAAAUUGAGGGGGCCACGUAGACUCGUUCUAGAGUUCAGAAACCUGCGGAGGCUAGGCAUUGUAGGUCAGGACUGGAGGCUCUGAAUGUCCACUGCCUGCACCUGUGAAGAUGAACUCUAAGUUGUCACGAAGACUUUAGUACGUAAGUGAUGCCAGGACCAUGGGGGUAUCCACCAAGGAAAGCUACUGGCAAGAAGUGGGGCCAGCCUUAGAGGGGUUGUCUGUGCCACAGGCAGCAGAGAUGGAAGGAUGGGACUUCUCAAGUACUUUGUAUACAGAUGAUUCUAUUACAAAUCUCAGAUGCUGGACAUGGAACAACAAGAUUUACUGUUUUCUCUGCUGGGUUUCAGCCCUGAUUUUUGGUUUUUUUUUUCAGGAAUGAGAAUGUUUACUCUAUGCUUUUAUGUAUUGGAACCAUGUAACUUGCUUUUCGGUAUUAAGGGACCUCACAAUUAAAAGAUUGUUUCAGAUGAAA